AUGUUCUUCGUGAGCACGCUAGUCGUGUUACAGGCAACUUUCUGGACCGUUCCCUCACUAAACUACGGAAUCACGGAUGCCUACGAUUGCGGCGAUGUCAGCAUUCAACUCAACGCGAGAUCACCGGAUGUCACCGUACAGGCCCCGCCGGCCUCCAGCGCUUGCCUGGCCAGCCUAGCUUGCACCUGGCUCGUCACCAGCGAACCUGGAUCCUCCAUCUAUCUCCAGAUCCUGAAGCACCAUCCCAGGCAGACCUCCUUCGGCUUCGACCCUGAAAACCAAGACGAGGUGAAGAUAGGCGAGGGUAAUGAGCCGUCUGACUCCACUGCCCUGUCCAGGAUCAGACUGCAUCAGGUGCCGCAGCUGGACGACGGAAGGGUCUAUUUUGUCAAUAGCAGUUUGGCCUGGGUGGAGGUCACGGCGCAGGCACGAGUCUCUCCAUCAUGUGUCCAAUUCGAGUUGAUGUUCACCCAGCGGGAAAACCCAGGUAUUUGUGACACAAAUACCGUCCUGUGUUCUCACUCCUCGGUGUGUCUGCCUGCCUCGGCCUAUUGCGAUUCCCACGUAGACUGCGGCGACUUCUCGGACCAGGUGGACUGUGAGAUGUGUGGGAACACGACGAUCCCACCGCUGACACCAGGCGUCCCACACGUCAUAGUCUAUGCCACGUCGUGGAGGCCUACAUCUUCUAACCAACUGAAUCCGCAACACACCGACUGUCUCUGGCUGAUCCGGGCUCCUAACGGCACAAUCGUCGAGAUCAACGUCCUUGCCAACAACAAUGUCGGCCCCGCCAUUUCUCUGGGAGCCGUCUGCGAGGAGGGGGUCAGGGAAGCUUCAAAGGCAUUGUUCAGUCUGGGUGCUGGAGAACUGCAGAUCAUGUACACAAACGAGACCAAUCUCUGGCUGCUGACCGACAUAUCUCCAGUUAUUCACUACAGAAGGGCUGUUUUUGAGAUCAGACUGACUGCGUAUUUAAAGCAAGAGUGUAAACCAACCGAAUUUCAGUGUCACAACCAGCAGUGCGUGGCGGCAACCAGACGAUGCGAUGGUGCACCGGAUUGCCAAGUGAUGGAGGACGAAUAUGGAUGCGCUCCUCCUUGCUCCGGACAAGAAGCGUUCUUGUGUCCUUCGGACGGAUUUUGCGUGAACUCGGAGCAUGUUUGCAGUGGGAUCGGGGAAUGCUCGUAUGCCUGGGACGAGUUCGACUGCGGUCGAUGCGGCGGUUUACACAUCAGCCUUACCCCAAAUGAAACAUUCAGCCUCAGCCAGACGAUCGACACCUCAGUGGAGUGCAUCUGGCUGGUGUCCGCUUCUACCAACCAUACCAGGAUCCGGGUGGAAAUCCUGGAAUUGCCCAUUUACGAAUAUUACGAUGAUUGGGAUCUCUUCGUGUAUGCCGGACUGUAUUUCGGUACUGGGCACGAGCCUUCCACGACAACUGCAACUCAUGCCUUUACCCAAGUGACGUAUCUGGGCACAAUCAGCUUCGAGGGGCCUCACUUCUGGAUAUGGCUAGAUAAGUCGUCACUAGAUUUCAAUACCCCUGGUCGCCGCUACUUAAGACUGAACAUUACAGAGUAUGACGAAAAAGAAUGUGGUGAAAAAGAGUAUUCCUGCUUAUCCGGGACUCUCUGUAUCAACCAAAGCAAAGUUUGCGACGGGAAGCCGGACUGUCCGGAAUUCGAGGAUGAGUUCGACUGUGGUCUGUGUGGAAGUGGACAGUUCAAGUGUGGCAAUUCACCAUUAUGUCUUACCAGUUUCGAUUUGUGCGACCGAAUAUAUAGCUGCAAGGAUCACUCCGACGAGAUCAACUGCGCACCUUGUGGUCAACUCCACAAUGACAUUACAUCCGGCCCGCGUUCAAUCACUUCGAUCGGGUACCCCAGCUCCUACCCACCUAAUUCGAUGUGCUACUGGCUCCUGUAUUCGGAUCCAGGCUAUGACGUUGUGGUCGUGUUCCACGACUCCCACACUGAAGAGUUCGCGGACGGGCUGUUCAUGUUUAACGGGAUUAUGUGGGUGGCUGGCGUCUCAGGCGAGCGUUAUCCCCAGAGGGUAGCUGUAAAAGAAUACGUGGCGCUCUUGUUUAUUUCGGACUUCAUCUACGAGUAUCCAGGGGUAAAUUUCACUGUACAACAGGUGCAGUCAGCUUCUUGUAGCGAGGGAGAAGUCGCCUGUAAUGACACUGAUGUGUUGUUCUGCAUUCUUGAGAGCCAAGUUGGCGACGGUAAAGCCGACUGUCCAGACGGAAUAGACGAAAGCUCCUCUGUAGGCACAUGCGGGGAGACACUGAUCGACGUUCCAUGGAACGACUUCUACGACCUGACCUCCCCGCUCUUUCACAUCGGGGCCUAUCCACACAAGAGCACCUGCGUCUGGCUCCUACUGACCGGCACAAGUCGGUACCAGAAGAUCAAACUGGACAUCCUCGCCUUCCAUCUUGAGCAGAAUUACGACUACCUACACCUGGGGGUCGGCAAUGACAGCAGCGAGGGCCUGGUAGCCAGUCUAACGGGGACCACCAAGAUUCUCAGGGUGCAUUUCGAAAGCGAUCGGGCGUGGCUUCGACUCCAGACCGAUAUUUUUGGCUCGGCUGAAGGCUUCCACGUUACUUUGAAGGCAGUCGACAAGCAUGCUGUUGCCGACUGCAAUCCACGGUGUGAGCUGCCAGAAGGCUCCGUGCUCUGCCUGCAACCCGAUGCGUUCUGUGACGGCUUUAUCGAUUGUUACGACAGAAGUGACGAGCAUGACAAGUGUAAUAUCAGUUGCGGCUUGGACCAAUACCUAUGCGCAGGCAAACACCAGUGUGUUCUACUUGAGUCCAUCUGCGACGGGACAUCCGACUGCGAGUUCGGUGAUGACGAACAAAUGUGCGAUGUGCGAGGUCGUCCCGAGGAAUGCUCGGGCGCCCUCAUCGAGACAAAGCUCCAAGUCAAAUGCAACCAAGGCUGGAACUUGGCUACUCUGAACCACAUAGCUGCCAUCACUUCCAUGCUAGAGCUCACCGAGGGUAACGCGACAACACUGGAGGAAGGCCUGUUCAAGAGAUUUCCCAAGCUUCGCACACUGUCUCUAAGAAGGAACAACAUAUCGUAUAUCAAGCUAGGCGCAUUUGCAGGGCUGAGGAAUUUGACGUCACUGGACCUGUCUGAAAACAAGAUUGGCGAAUUGGACGGCGGAGUUUUCAGCGAACUGACUACGUUGACUGUAUUGGGAAUGCGUAAGGUGCCGCUUCGACUUAUCAGCGACCGAGCGUUUGAAAGCUUAAAAAAUCUCGAAACACUAAUACUAAUGCCAGACAACAGCCCAGCAGAUACCAACGGUUUCUUCCAGACACUGUCAGCUACCAAGGUAGAAGAUGGAGCACUUAAAGACCUCACCUCACUUCAAACUGUAUACGUUGAUGACCAUCGCCUGUGCUGUGACUUCAAGUCGCUGCUUCCAGAUGACAAUCAGUGCAUCAACAUCCAGCUUCAGUCACCGCUGUUCAACUGCGGCCGGCUAAUGCCCAACACUCUCCUCCAGGUCUUCAUGUGGAUCCUGGGCUUUAGCGCCCUCAUUGGCAACCUGUUGGUCAUCGCCUGGCGGAUUCGUGAGGACAGCGGCAAGGGCAGCAAGUACGUGCACUCAUUUCUGGUGCUGAACCUGGCCAUGUCCGAUUUACUGAUGGGCGCAUAUAUGGUGAUCAUCGCCACCGUCGACGCCAUCAAGAAAGAGGAGUAUUACCUGACGGCUACAGAAUGGAGGAACAGCGCCCUCUGUAAGGCAGCAGGGGUCAUUUCAGUGUUGUCCUCGGAGGCCUCCGUGUUCUUCAUCACCUUGAUCAGCGUGGAUCGUUACCUGUGUAUCGUCCAUCCGUUCAGCCGUCUUCGCCUCCAAGGGAAGUCAGUCUGGGUAUCUGUAGCCUCGAUUUGGGUCACAUGCCUGGUAGCAAGCCUCGUUCCCACGGUCCUGGUAACCAGCGACUCGGACAUCUACGGAUUAUCCGAUGUCUGCAUUGGGCUGCCGUUACUCACCAGGCCAGUCACUUUCACCUUUAAAGAGGAAGAUCUUGGUGGCGGGCUUGGUAACGACACCUUUUUGAUCCCUCAUCCCCAGGGCAGCAAACCCACAUGGUUAUACUCCAUCGUGUUGUUUCUCGGUGUCAACCUCGUCUGUUUUCUCCUGGUCAGCUUUUGCUACGCCGCCAUCUUUGUAAAGGUCAAGAGGUCAAUCCGGCGCGUGAAGCGCCACCAAGCGCACAAGGAUGAAGAGAUUAAGAUGGCGUCAAAGAUGGCUGUCAUCGUGGGCUCUGAUUUCCUGUGUUGGAUGCCUGUCAUUAUUCUUGGUAUCCUGUCCCAGACCAGUGUGAUUCAGAUCCAGCCAGAAGUCUACGCCUGGUUGGUAGUCUUUGUCCUGCCCAUCAAUUCCUCCCUCAACCCCUAUCUCUAUACCAUCGUGACCAUGGUCAGCCGAAAGCAACAGGCGAAACAAGCCCUGAAGAAAGAACAGAAGCCGAAGGUUUAUCUCAUCUCCAAGACACCACUGGAGCAGAAGAAAACCCCAUCCAUUUUGUCUAACACAGCGACUGGCUCUACACAUCUGGAACGCUAA